ACCUAGCCUUAGCCGCCUGGGCGCUGUUGCCAAUGAUGAUGAUGAUGGUGGAGCGAGUGAGGUUAUCUUCUGGUUGUUGUUGUUGUUUGGGGGCGAAAUGCGGCGCGUAGUGGUGACAGGGCUGGGGGCGCUGUGCCCCCUGGGGGCCACAGUGCAGGAGGCCUGGAGCAACGUGACGGCAGGGCGCUGCGGGCUCAGCAAGCUCGAGGGGCCCGAAUACGCCGAGCUGCCCUGCCGGGUGGCCGGCUUUGUGCAGGCCAACGGCGAGCAGUUCCAGCUGCAGCAGCACUUCAGCAAGAGCCAGCUCCGAUCGAUGGCGCCCGCGACGGGCUACGCCCUCCUGGCGGCCGCCGAGGCGCUGCAGGACGCGGGGCUGCUCCCGAUGGCGCCAGCGGAGCGGGAGCGCACUGGCGUGGCCGUCGGCAUGGGGAUGAUCGACCUGCAGGACGUGUGCGCCACGUUCCAGGCGCUGCAAAGGGGCUACCACCACGUGAGCCCCUUUUUCGUGCCGCGCAUCCUGCCGAAUCUGGCCGCAGGCCAGAUCAGCAUCAAGUACGGGUUCCAGGGGCCCAACCAUGCGGUGUCGACGGCGUGCGCCACGGGGGCGCACGCCAUCGGCGACUCGUUCCGCUUCAUCCAGACGAACAGCGCCGACGUGAUGGUGUGCGGGGGCACCGAGGCCUGCAUCUCCCCGCUGGCCAUUGCGGCCUUUUGCCGGCUGCGCGCCCUCAGCACCAGCUUCAACGAGACGCCCGAAAGGGCGUCGCGCCCCUUCGACAAAAGCCGCGACGGCUUCGUGAUGGGCGAAGGCAGCGCCAUUCUGGUGCUCGAGGAGCUGGAGAGGGCGCAGCGCCGAGGCGCCCACAUCUACGCCGAAGUGCUGGGCUACGGCCUGUCGGGCGACGCCGCCCACCUGACUGCGCCCAGCCCGGAAGGCACCGGCGCCUUCCUGGCCAUGCAGCGCGCGCUGCUCGACGCCCAACUGCGCCCCGAGGACAUCGGCUACGUGAACGCCCACGCCACCUCCACCCCGAUGGGCGACGCCAUCGAAAUCAGGGCCAUCAAGCGGCUGCUGGGCGYGCGCCCAGCCGUCUCCUCCACCAAGGGGGCGCACGGCCAUCUGCUGGGCGCAGCCGGCAACCUGGAGGCGGUCUUCACAGUGAAGGCGAUCGAGGAGGGCGUGCUGCCGCCCACCAUCAACCUGGACAGCGUCGAAGACCCCCAGUUGAACUUUGUGGCGGGCGAGCGGCAGCUGUGGGGCGCCCCUGCGGGGCGCACCGCUCUGAAAAACGCGUUUGGCUUCGGCGGCACUAACGCCAGCCUGUGCUUGGGACAGUUGCGGACUAGAUAAUAGACAUCGAAAUGUAGAUAAUAUCAAUAGAGUUAUAUUGAGAUCCA